AAGGAUUGUGCCCGGUUGGCGGCGCUUGGCAGCGGUGGUCAUCAUGUCCGGCCAAGAAGACUUCUACCUCUUUGAGAACAUCUCCUCGGUGGGGCCAUGGGACGGGCCCCAGUACCACAUCGCCCCAAUGUGGGCCUUCUACUUCCAGACCGCCUUCAUGGGCUUCGUCUUCUUCGCCGGGACCCCGCUCAACGCCAUCAUCCUCAUCGUCACCGUCAAGUACAAGAAGCUGCGCCAGCCGCUCAACUACAUCCUGGUCAACAUCUCCUUCGCCGGGUUCCUCUUCUGCACCUUCUCCGUCUUCACCGUCUUCCUGGCCAGCUCCCAGGGAUACUUCUUCUUCGGGAGGCACAUCUGCGCACUGGAGGCCUUCCUGGGAUCUGUGGCAGGUCUGGUCACCGGCUGGUCAUUGGCCUUUCUGGCCUUUGAGCGCUACAUCGUCAUCUGCAAACCUUUCGGCAACUUCCGCUUCAACUCCAAGCACGCCUUGCUGGUGGUGGCGGCCACCUGGUUCAUUGGGAUCGGGGUCGCCAUCCCGCCCUUCUUCGGAUGGAGCAGGUACAUCCCGGAGGGCCUGCAAUGCUCCUGCGGUCCAGACUGGUACACGGUGGGCACCAAGUACAAGAGCGAGUACUACACCUGGUUCCUUUUCAUCUUCUGCUUCAUCGUCCCCUUGACCCUCAUCAUCUUCUCCUACUCACAACUCCUGGGCGCACUGCGGGCCGUGGCGGCCCAGCAGCAGGAGUCGGCCACCACGCAGAAGGCCGAGCGGGAGGUCUCCCGGAUGGUGGUGGUGAUGGUGGGCUCCUUCUGCCUCUGCUACGUGCCCUACGCCGCCCUGGCCAUGUACAUGGUCAACAACCGGAACCACGGCCUGGACCUGCGCCUGGUCACCAUCCCCGCCUUCUUCUCCAAGAGCGCCUGCGUCUACAACCCCAUCAUCUACUGCUUCAUGAACAAACAGUUCCGCGCCUGCAUCAUGGAAACGGUGUGCGGGAAACCCAUGACGGACGAGUCGGACGUGUCCAGCUCGGCCCAGAAGACGGAGGUGUCCUCGGUGUCCUCCAGCCAGGUCAGCCCCAGCUAAGGGGCGGCAGCGGAGGUGGUCGUGCCAUCGCAAGGAAGGAGGCCUGAGAAGGAUCUGGCGGACCUCUCCUCCCGCAAAAGCCCCCAAUACUGGGGAGAGGGGUCCACACGGGGCCCCCCACGCCCAGUCAAUUUGGCCUCUUAGCUUUACCUGGGCAAAAGGGACAGGUGUAGGUGAGACGACAGUGGCGGGCCGUGCCAAGUGUUACUGAUUGGGGGACCUCCUUCAGUUGCCUCCCCAAAAGCCUCCAGGAUCCGUUUGACAUCGAAUGGCCCAGCGCCGUGCGAAAGAGUCCCGUUUGCUCCAAAUUGGGAAGCAGCCACAAGAAGUGAUCAAGUUGUCCUAUUUAAUUUCCCCCAAAACGAACAUUGUGAUGAAGCACACGCUGGCCAACGAGAAAGAUAAUGAAGCACAAAAUGAAAAGGAACCAAAGGAGUUAAGAAGUCAGCCGCAGAACCGAGCAAAACCUCCAUAGGUCAUCUUUUUCCAUUUUCCUACUGAUGCCAGAGGCAGAGAUGAACCAAACAAAUACCCAGUUUGUAUAGAGCCAAUACUGUAGUCCACAAAAUGAAAAGGAACUAAAGGAGUUAAGAAGUCAGCCGCAGAACCGAGCAAAACCUCCAUAGGUCAUCUUUUUCCA